UGCUUAUGCUGCUGCUGCUGCCGUCGUUAGCCGAGUAUUGAGCUACCAGCUGACCUACUUUCCUCUGUUCUCAGCCACUCAGUCCUGUUUACAAGCCACUGCCAGCGGAGGAUGUGGAGUACAGUGCCUGGAAAAUAGACGGACACAGCCCACCGAGACCGCGACUGGGGGAUCUGGCCGUGUGCUGUUGAUACACGGGGACUGUCAGAGCCGCGGACAGGCUCACCGGUGAUUCGAAAGUAACAACACGUUAAUAACUUAGGCGUUGUUAUACAAUUUAACGCUUUUCAUCGCGCUCGCCCGGGUCUGUCAGACGCUGGGAGCUGCCGCGAUCAGCUGCUAUGUUGUAGUUUCUAUUCCCUCCCUGUGAGAAAAUGACUGGAUCGGCCAACGUUAAACUGGGGAUUUGUGUUUCUGCUGGAGAGCCGCUUUCAAGGACUUGGCGUUUCUUUGGUGGACUGGAGGCAGUGGUGGGUAGCCGGUCCGCUGUAGGAUUUCCCACAAGAGUGUUCAGACAAGGUCAGCGCGGAUGGGACUUAUAAGAUAUCAGAAAGGGCCUGGCUGGGAAAGGGUGUGAGAAUGGACAACCUUUCUGACUUUGGUGUCCCUUGCUCAUCCGCCCACAGGGAUUGGGACACCAACAGCUGUGUGGACGAUUUAAUGGAUGACGACGAGAAAGACAGGGCAAAAAGGGCAUCCCGUAACAAAUCGGAAAAGAAAAGAAGAGACCAAUUCAAUGUGCUCAUCAAGGAGCUAUGCACUAUGCUGCAGGGCCAAGGCCAUCCACGCAAGAUGGACAAGUCCACCAUACUGCAGAGAACUAUUGAUUUCUUGCAGAAACAGAAAGACAUCACUGCACAGAAUGAAACCUGUGACGUGAGACAGGACUGGAAGCCUUCAUUCCUCAGUAAUGAGGAGUUCACUCAGCUAAUGCUGGAGGCCCUAGAUGGUUUCUUGGUAGCAUUAACUACAGAUGGAAACAUCAUAUACGUAUCGGACAGUGUGUCUUCACUUACUGGCCAUUUACCGUCAGAUAUGGUGGACCAAAAUAUCUUGAAUUUCCUCCCGGAGCGGGAACAUGGGGAGGUGUAUAAGCUGCUAUCAUCCCACAUGCUGAUGACUGACCCCAUUGCUGCUGACUUCCUUGACAGUGAGGCACAUAUUGAAUUUUGCUGUCAUCUAGCCAGAGGGAACAUUGACCCCAAAGAGCCACCUGUGUACGAGUAUGUCAAGUUUGUUGGAGAUUUCAAGUUUCAUAACAAUGUGCCUAGAUCUUGUAACGGUCUUGAGUUGACGCUACCAAGAAGCCUACAGUCAGCUUUGGAGGAGCAGGUCUGCCUCAUUGCUACUGUCCGAUUAGUCACUCCACAGUUUCUCAAGGAUCUGUGUAAUGUGGAAGAUCCUUGUGAUGAGUUCACUUCCAGACACAGCCUUGAAUGGAAGUUUCUGUUUUUAGACCACAGAGCUUCACCAAUCAUCGGCUAUUUACCCUUUGAGGUUCUUGGAACGUCUGGCUAUGAUUACUAUCAUGUAGAUGACUUGGAGCUUAUAGCUCAGUGUCACAAUCAGUUGAUGCAGUUUGGAAAAGGUAAAUCGUGUUACUAUCGCUUCCUGACCAAAGGGCAGCAGUGGAUUUGGUUGCAGACUCACUACUACAUCACCUACCACCAGUGGAACUCCAAGCCUGAGUUCAUUGUCUGCACUCACACUGUCGUCAGCUAUGCUGAAGUGCGAGCUGAAAGGAGGAGAGCGUUUGGCCUUGAAGAGAUCUCUCCACCUGAGAUAGCUCCCUCCUCUGUGAAGGCUCAGGAGCUGUACUUGGACAUCUGCUCCACACUGGACCCUACACGGGACAAAAACAGUGGUGCACGUUCGGUAUCCUCCCACAGCUCCCGGAAGUCCUCCCACACAGCGCUGUCAGACUCUGCAUCUAACUCCUACACAGAGGCCUGCACACCAUCGUGGCAGUCGGCUUCCAUUGGGACGGAGAAGACUUCUGCCAGACUCCAGCCUAGUAGUUCAAAGAAUUUGGCACAAAGACAAAAUUCCUUUGACCUCGCCCCCCAAAUGAGCCUCCCCCUGUCUCCUACCUGCAGCAAGCACUCCGCAAUGCAACAGCAAACACAGCAGCAGCCUCAUCCGCAGUUGCCCAUGUAUCCGCUGCAGCAGCCUCAGCUCGGAGUGAUGAACCAGCUGAAGGAGCAGCUGGAGGAGAGGACCCGAAUUCUGCAGGCUGACAUUAAGACACAGCAGCAAGAGUUGCAUGACAUUAAGGAAAAGCUUCACUUGGCUAACCUCCAGAUGCUGUUACAGCAGCCUGUCCACGAGGACUUUGGCCCAGCCCAGCAGCAGCCUCAGCAGCAGGGCCUGGGCAGGCCGGCCCAGCAGUGCCCGUCAGGGGUGAUCAGGCAGAUCUCAGGCCACCCAAAACCACCAGCCUGCGGGGCCCACAGCUCGUCCCCUCACUCACUCCUGAGAGAGAACAGCUCUCCCUCAACACAGGUCCAGCAGAGAACUGCGCGGGGCGGGCAAGUGCAGGCAGUGAGUCUGCCCGUGCAGCCGAAUACGAGUCUGACGAUGCCCUUCUACAGCAACCCCAUGAUGUUCUCGCCGAGUAACACGCGGCCUCUGCAGGACGCAAACCAAAGACACACAGAAAACGAUUUCAACCCAGAUGGACAACUACGCAUGCUUCUCAACCAACCAAUGCAGACACUGGUUCCCACUAGCAGUGUCACUUCACAGCCUCCCCAGUGCAACAUGGGCAUCUCCCAAACCAUAUACACCUUGGAGCAGCAGAUCAUCGCCCCGUCGUUCUCCAUGCAACAGGUCAACUGCAACGCCGUCCUUGUUCCCUCCCCGGUCUUCACGUCACCCAUCAUGUUCCCACACAACAGUUUCAUCCCACCACAGCCUCAGUCAACCUACAACACUCAGCCUCAGGCCUCCCAACACUCCCUUCAGCUACAACAGCCACAGCAGUUCUUUCAGAUGACUCAAGGACUGGUCCAUGGUGGUUCUACUCCAACAUUCUUACACGCCACUAACGUUCCACAGCAAAGCACUGUGGGAUACAUCCAGCAGCAGCCGCAAGCACAGCAGCAACAGCAGCAAAGGCAGUACCAACAUUCCCAAAACCAGACAGGCAGUGUUUCAGACUUCCGAAAUAUGCUGACCCGGUAGCGCUGUGGACUCUGUCAUAGCGGAGGUCUCCCUCUGUGUCGUCGCCAUGUUGGCAGCAGCAAGCUGUGGCAUUUGAAGUCAAACUUGACGUCAUGUUCAAGAGAAAUGCUUGAAAGUGGAAGAUCGCUGGUAGUGACCCUUUUGAUGUGAAGCUGCCUGUUCAGAGGAAGGAGUGGAGCGAUGAAAACCCCAAGCAGAAGCUGCACUGACCUGACGUCAGCCCCAGCCGUCAGCCUGAGGGGCUGAGCUCACUUCACGCUCAGGCGUCAGUCAGUGACGCCGCUGGAACACGUGGAUUAUCAAAGCUCUCAAGAAGACACAAUUUUCACAUGUUUACAUGUGGACGUUUUCAUCUAACACAAGAGAGUUUCCUCCUUAGUGUCAGUUUGCACUUUGUACCACCACCACCCUGAAGUAGAAUAUUUAUUUUUACCCAUGAAAUAAUAUUCUAUUUUUAUAUCUAAUAAUGGUUUAUCAGUGAGAUUAGUUUUCAAACCUAAAGCUUGACACCCCCUCCCCAGUAACCUAAUAUCCCAACUGGUCAGAUCUUUAGCUCCAAUGAAAAUGCUUCAUCUCAUGAGGAAGUUACAUUUUGUCCCAUCAAGCAAAGAUUUGUUUGCAUGAAUGUUUGUGGCGAGGAGCUUUACAGCUAUAUGAUUGUGGCACAUGCAGUAAUGAGACGACGAUCAUAACUAACAUAAGGUGUAAUCGGAUGUAACAUGCUACACUGGGAAUCUGGGGGAAGGGGAGAUCCCCCAAUAACUAGAAAGGUCUAUCUAGAUUUUUAAAGCCUCAAUCUGGAGUGUUACGACUAUCACACCACUUUUCACAGAGAAUAAUGGCAAAGCUCGGAAUGGGGGGGGGGGAAUAUUGUGUGCCUUUAACCGUGGCGCAUCGGUGGUGCAGUUUGACCCUAAUGAAUAGAGUUCAUGUUUUAUUUAUUAGAGAUAUAUUUGAAAAAAAUAUUUCAGAUAAGAAACUAGUUUUAUAUAGAUUUUAUGUUCAUACAGACAUUAUAAGGUCAACACUGGUCAAAGUGUCUCACCCCAUCAUGUCCUUACGAGAAGAGUUCACCACCUCUGAUCUGUGUGUUUCCAACGAUGCAGCAAACUGCUGCAACGAGCAUCUGAGAAACAGUGAGAGGAGAUUUUCUGCCGGCUGUGAUAUCUCUGUUUGUUUAAGUCCGGUCAUUUGAUCGCAUGAGUUCAAACGCAUGAAAUCAUGACAUUUUGUUGAGAAGCUGGGCUCAUUGACAGGUGAAUAACGCACUGCUUCCUGCUAUGAUUGUGAUCUCAUUGGGAAAAAAGAGCAGAUAUUUCAUUUACUUUGGAAACAAGGCCACCUUCAAUGUGCCUCUUUGUGAAAUAUAAUACAACAAAAACACUAAAUUUGUCUUUAUGUUGAAGUACCGAGCAUCGGGUGAUUUGCGGAGUCUGUUCUGUCUGCACGUCAAGAUCUCGUUCUUUACACACUGUGCUGUGAGAGACAAUCUCCUGAGUUGUUAGUGUUUGAGAGAGGAGGAAAGAUACAGGUUGAUGUGCUGAGGUGACAGUUGUAACAGAAGGAGGUCAGGAGGGGUUCGGUGGAGCCAGAUUUGCAGUUGAACACUGUCAGGGAAGAAAACGUAUGUGCCUCUCUUUCUGCAAUGACAAUCACACACUACUUGUAAGAUUUUACUGUGCAGGACCUGUCUGUGUCAGAGUCUGACUUUAUGAUUAUGUAUAGCCAUCUUCUACCUUUAAAUUUGUGUUACAUUUUAGUUCCCUACAGGUGCAUAUUGAAUUCACUUAAAAAAAAAUUCCAGCUCUUUUCUUUUUUAUUUACAAGAUAAUUUUCUGUUGUCGUGACAAAAAUCGAUCUGCUCUGUUUUUAGGAAACUAACGAGAGCUGAUUUGUUUUUCUUGUGAAAACUGGGGCAGACUGUUUUCUCGUGAAAACAUAAUUCAGUAAAAUAGCAAAAAAAAUAUCUCAUGAAAGUAGAAAAUGUUAGAUGCAAUAUGCUUCCGUGGCUCUCGGAUAGUUUCAGCAGACACACUUGAUUCAAAUUGGCCCCAUUCAAGACCGACGAUGUUCACAUUGGACGAUAAAUCUCAGAGGUCAUAAAACUCUGUGUGUAUGUUUAGUGCAGUUUCACACUUCCCAUGUGCAAUGUCAUUUUGGAAAGAAAAAGAAUGUUAAUUUAUACUGUUUGAAUUUUUCAGAGCAGAUGUACGAUGUAUAUAGAAGUGUAUAAUGAGCCAUUGUACCAUGUAAAUUAUAUGGAAAUAUUUUUUUUAUGAAAUUGAAACAUUCCCUCAGCAGCCGAUACAAGCGGUAUCUUUAUUUGAAAAGGUACAGCGCGUGUCCACCGAAGGCUACGAUCGCGAGGAUUACACAGGACUUGGUCUGCAUGGGAUUGUGGCGCAGCGUUAGCCUCAGAAACAUCACGGCCAAUGAAAACCAAUGGAGAGAAAAAAAGAAAUAAAAUUCAGAAUCUUAAUCUUUACGUCCUCAUCAAGCAGAAUUUCAGACACUUUUAGAGCAGCAGCAGCUGUGUGGUGAUCAAAAACAGCUGCGUCCUUAAAAAGGGUAAUUCAGCCAUGAGCGACUGAAGUCGUUUGUGCUUUCAGUUAAAUCGGUUUCAGUCUUUUCUAAGAUAAAGAGUAAACAGUCAUGAAAUUAUAUUUUAAGCGUCAGUCUCUCGUCAGUCUCUCGUCAUAAGUCUCCAAACUUUCUCAUGUUUGAAUAUAGAAACAAUAAAGUGACGUACCCGUAGCCAGCGACUAAGAGGUGCCGUAGACGACUAUAGUUCUGUUUUCAUUCAUUAUUUCAAGAUAUUUAUCAACCUUUCGGGAAGUGCAAGUAAAGAUUUCUCCUUGAGGUUGUUUUUCCAUAGUCACACACCAGAUCCAAUUUUCAGUCCAUGUCAGUAUAACUAUAUAUUUGUUUGUUUUGCCAUGCUAAGGUGGGCGACUUCAGUUCUACUCAUUAAACACAGUGCAUUGUGCUCCAGCUGUGGGUUAAAUUAUUUUUGCUUUGGACAAAUCACCAGAAUGUUUGGAUGAGCUUUUAUUUUUUUUUGGUGUGAAUUGUAAAUAAUCCCUCUGCUCCGUAAUGACAGUUAUUCUUUGAGUUAAAUUCUCUGUUUAUCUGUUGCUGCUGAACAUAUAAUUUUAUUUGUCUUUCCUCAAACUGUCAGCUUUUCUUCUUCAUGGGCUUUACAUCGAGUGUAUGUCCUUCGAGGGCAUGUGGUUUAUUAAGUCACAUUUAAACUUGUACUUUUUUCUGAUUUGUAAAACAGUGACUGACUCAGAUCAGCGCUCUCUGGGUGAGAUUUGCCAGGACAUGAACAAAACACACCUGGUACACAGCCAUUUCUGUUGUUUCCCUACAGAAACAAAGAUUGAAUAUAUUGUAUAAUAGAAUGUAAAAAAAAGUUUAGACUACAUAGUUGUUUAUUUUAUAUGUCUAAUAGAUUACAUAUGUAUGUUACAUGAUUUUAAAAAUUAAAGUAAUUUUGUAACAGAUAA